UCAUUCCAACGCUUGCUUUGGGCACACUAGGUGACUUGUACGUCACAUCAUCGGAAAAUUUUCCAGAAAUUACGUACAAAUUUUACGAAAAAAAUUUCAUAAAAAUCACUUUUAAAUUAUUAAAAUUUUUUCUUUUAAGUUAAAAAUCGGAAAUAGAAGUGAUUGAACUAAAAAAGUGGGAUUUUUCGCCGUAAAACAGCGUUUUUACGCAAGCAAAAUGGUUGCAAAGUAGAGACGUAAAAAUUUUGUGUGUGUACCAACGAAAGAGAGGAGAAAACGGAACGCGAGAAAGUAAAAAGAAGAAAUCGUAACUACUCGCUGGUGGUGUGCGUGAGUGCUUGGUAAGAAGCAGAUAAAGCAUAACACACGAAAACUGUGUUGCGCCUGGGAAAAAUGAUGGAAAAUUUUGAGGACAUGGAUGUUCGACUAGGACAUAUUAAUUUUAAAGAGAUUGGGGAUGUACACGAAGUCCAAGUACAUGCCGAGCGCAACGAGCUACAAAGUUUUGAGCACACGCAGGCAAAUUUCGAUUUUGGCGCUGAAAUUGUGACAACAAAUGCUAAGCCAGCAACAGCAGCAACAACAUUAGUAGCGACAGCAACAGCAACGACGCCAGCAACAAGCGAAACGCAACCAAAAGAAAAUAGUGAAAUCAAAACAAAAACAUUGCCUCAAAUGGGAGAACAUCAAAUUGGCGCCAAUCGAAAUGCCGAAAAUCUAACCAAUGCGGAGCAAAACAGCCAGCAACAAACAAACAAUUUGGAAAGAUCCUUCUCCGAGGCAGAUGAUGAUGAUGAAGCAGAUGAGGAUGAAAAUGAAGAUUACAAAUCAAGCUGGGCCAACAGCGAUGACGAUGAUGAUGAUGACACCUCCAGCUCGGAUUGCUCAUCAGUGAGCCGCAGCGACUGGAAAAUGCGUUGGCUACAGCGCGAAUUUUACACUGGUCGCGUACCCCGCCAGGUGAUUGCCAGCAUAAUGCCACACUUCGCCACUGGAUUGGCAGCAGACACAGAGGACUCGGUGUUGUGGGACUAUCUGGCACAUCUGUUGAAUGAACCGAAGCGCCGCACUAAGCUGAGCAACGUUAACACCUUUGACGAUGUCAUUGAUUUGGUUCACAAGUCGGAGCGGAUUAUUGUGCUCACUGGAGCCGGUGUUUCUGUUUCAUGCGGCAUACCAGAUUUUCGCUCUACAAAUGGUAUCUAUGCACGACUGGCGCAUGAUUUUCCCGACUUACCUGAUCCCCAGGCCAUGUUCGAUAUUAACUACUUCAAGCGCGAUCCGCGACCCUUCUAUAAAUUUGCUCGCGAGAUUUAUCCCGGCGAGUUCAAGCCCUCUCCGUGUCAUCGUUUCAUCAAGAUGCUGGAGACGAAGGGCAAGCUGUUGCGCAAUUAUACCCAGAAUAUAGACACAUUGGAGCGUGUUGCGGGCAUUCAGCGGGUGAUUGAAUGCCAUGGCUCAUUUUCGACAGCCUCGUGCACCAAAUGCAAAUACAAGUGCAAUGCGGAUGCACUACGUGCCGAUAUAUUUGCCCAGCGCAUACCCGUGUGCCCGCAAUGCCAGCCGAAUGUGGAGCACAGCGUUGAUGCUUCCGUAGCUGUAACAGAGGAGCAGCUGAAGCAGCUGGUAGAGAAUGGCAUCAUGAAGCCGGAUAUAGUCUUCUUUGGCGAAGGAUUACCGGAUGAGUACCACACGGUUAUGGCCACAGAUAAAGACAAGUGCGAUUUGCUGAUUGUGAUCGGCUCGUCGCUCAAGGUACGCCCCGUCGCACACAUUCCCAGCAGCAUACCAGCUUCGGUGCCGCAAAUUCUGAUCAAUCGCGAGCAGCUGCAUCAUCUGAAGUUCGAUGUGGAACUUCUGGGCGAUUCGGAUGUUAUAAUUAAUCAGAUCUGUCAACGUCUGUCGGGUGCUGGGUCCAGCGAUGACGACCAUGAUUGGAAGCAACUUUGCUGUGACGAUCAAGUUUUGCGUGAAUCGAGAGAGCUAUUGCCACCGACAGAGCAUCAUUAUCAUCAUCAUCAUUAUCACCAUCAUCGACUUCGGAGCUCAGAGAGUGAGCAACCGUCGCAACUGGACACGGAUACGCAGUCCCUAAAAUCAAAUGGCUCGGUUGACUAUCUGCUCGGGUCAUCGGCAGGCACAUGCUCCGAUAGCGGCUUCGAGUCUUCCACAUUUACAGCGGAGCACAGCAAGCGAGAUCAGCUGCAGCAUCUGAUGCUGCAGCAACCGCAACCAGUUGCCAGCAGCAGCCACAGCAAUGCAGCCGAUGCAGACCGAGAAGCCAUUGAACGCAUCAAGAGUGACAUACUCGUCGAAUUGAACGAGACGGCAUUAAGUUGUGAUCGUUUGGCAGCUCCAGUGGCAAAUGGUGCCACCACCGCCGGCUACCGUCAUCUGUCCGUUGACUCGUCAAAGGAUAGUGGCAUUGAGCAAUGCGAGGCAUCCAAUCCCAGCAAUAUCGAAGUGUCCGCCGGCUAUGCCAGCAAUUUGGACCCAAACCUUUCUGCGAAUAUGGUUGUGGAAACUAAGACAGCGGCGCCCAGCCUAACACCGACUCCGCCGCAGCCGAGGCGACAGACCGUAGCCGAACGCCUACAGCCCGGCACCUUCUAUUGCCACAGCAAUAGCUGCUCGUAUGUCUUUCCCGGCGCUCAAGUCUUCUGGAAUAGUGACUUUAGCGAGGACGAUGAGGAUGAGGAGGAUGGGGCAAGUGUGCACGAAGCUGAUCUCUUUAGCAACGUUGUGGCCAGCGAUGAGGAAGCAUGCGAUCUAAAUGCGGUUCCCCUAUCACCGCUUCUACCGCCGGCACUGGAGGCACACAUUGUCACCGAAAUCACCAAUGGCAACGCUCUCGACGUCGACGUACUACCCGCUGCUGCCACCAGCACCUCGAGCAGCAGCAGUCCCAGCAAUAAGCGGCGAAGUGCAACAGCCAUGGAGCAAUUGCAGUCGCCAACGUCUGCGGCCAGUCCAGCGAUUGAAUCUGAAACGCCGCCGCCUAUUAAGAAGCGACGACCCAGUGUAGUUACAGCUACAGCAACAGCUGCAGCCACAUUAACAACUGUGUAAAUGUUUAUAUACAUAUAUACAUAUAUAUAUAUAUAGUUGCCGGCUAAGUUAAGUUUAUUAUUUAUUAUAAUUUUCACUGCGACUUUUGCAAGUCAAUUCAAUUUCGACUCAAAAGCCUGAACACUAUUCAAUGUCUAGAGAAGCUCAACACAAAACAGUAAUUGAGGCUUUUGUAAAAUGUCUAUUUGUCUUCUUCGAACGUAACCAGACGAGAGAUCCCGGUUUCAUAGCUGGUUUACGUAUCCAUUUUUGAUAUUUUUUUUGGAAACUUAGUUUACAUAUUUAUUCAUUACGCAGAUAUAUAUCGAUCUAUAUAUAUGUACAUGUAAAAUCUUAGUAUUUUUAUCAUGUUAAGUUGUUGCUGAGGCCUUUUAGUUAAUCCACUGAAAGCUGGAGGAUAAAAUGCACGCAAAUUUUCUAAUUUGCAAUUUGUUAGCGCAUGUUGCCUCGAUUAUAUUCAAAAUAGGCUAAGUUCAGAAGUAAGAUGAAAAACAACGUUUUUUCUAGCAUUUAAGAACCGGACAAAAAAAAUCUGUAUAUAGGUAACUUUGUAAAUGUAAUUUUUCUAUUUCAUAUGAUUAAAAAUAAUCUGUUUCCUUAUUUUUAACUCUCGGUUAUGGCAGUUUUAUAUAUAUAUAAAUGUAUUGCAUUCAUAUUUACACUUCACACACAUAAACACAUAUUAGCUUGCAGUUUAGUGCGAGUUUGAAUGAAUGUUUAAUCAAAAAUUUAGCAUAAUUUUCAGAUAUAUACAUAUGCAUAUAUAUAUAUAUAUAUAUAUAUAUAUAUAUAUAUAUAUAUAUGUUAUAGCCACCAAACGUAUGUGUAAAUGAUUCAUUAAGCACUAGUUGUAAUAUACCAAUAUAUAAUGUAUUAAUAUCCAAAAACAAAAAACGUAAUAAACCAAUUUAUUCAGAGUUGUUGAGCAGCUA